AGGGAUCGGGUGAACCCCCGACUGACUUUGAGGGAUCGGGUGAACCCCCGACUGACUUUGAGGGAUCGGGUGAACCCCCGACUGACUUUGAGGGAUCGGGUGAAUCCCCGACAGACGAAUGUCCUCCAACAACCCCUCUUCCUUCUGAAUUCGAUUACGAGGCCGUAAUAACGGCGUGGGCCAAUUCGGAUGUUAUCCUGGACGAUGCCGUGGCUGAAGAGAUUGGGAUGGACACCUUCCUCGACGACGUGAGCGCGUACGCAGAGUAUGACGGCACCCCACUCGCUGACCUGCCCAAUACGGACAGCAUCACCGUCCAACCUGAGCGCUGGGCUCUAACCUACACCGACCCACGGAGUCCAGGCGUCACCACAGCACUGUUCCUGCCCGAAACCAGUAACUUUGACCCGAAUGUUGGGUUACCAGGUGAGCUGCAAAGUUCCGUUAUGGCAACCGUCAGAGAGAACAUCCCACAGUUCUACGACCAAUACCUGUCAGACCUGGAGGUGAAUUAUGCCAACUCGCGCACCACCAUUGAGUUUGACGACGCCACGUAUGGGCCGGACGCCGACUGCCCCUAUCCCACUCGCACCGACCUGGGCGGUGGAUUUUCCCUAGAGCGCAUACCGUCAGUGCUUUGCCGCCCCAAUGCCCGGAUUGAAAUUCCAGACGACGACCCUAAUGCCGCUCGAACCAUUGUCAUAAUAAGCAUUGAAGAAGUCAAUGGUAGAAUCUGGCUUGAAAUUACCGUGUUCAGGGAUUUUUCGACCUAUUAAGGACCGGCAUGACAAACCUGUGAACGAAGUACAUAUUAAAGGCAACCUAAACAAUAUUAUAGCGUUAAAAGUGGAAACAAUCUGGAAAAGGCAAUCUGUAUGAAAUCUUCUGCACUUUAUUCCCACAUUUACAUCAUUAUUUCAUACAUUAAACGGUAGGCACAGAAACAAGCGGCGCUAGGAUUCCCUAAAUAUUUUUGUUACCCACAAAAAUCAGGCCUUGAUCCAGCCAGUAACCAUUUUCCGUCGGCAAUGUUCGGUAAACUCCGGUCGCACACAGAAAGCUCACAGUAAAUCACGCGACUACUCGUCGGAUUGGGUCGGGAGAAGUCUGAGAGUAUUCGGAAAAUUCAAACAUGGCAGACUAUAAAAGUCGACGUUUUGCUUCUUGAAUGUUGGUAUGGAAUAGAGUUGCAUCAUUUUAUUACGUAGAAAAGUUCCCAAAUUGACUUUGAUAAUUAAAGUUCUACAACCCUGACUCUGGCUGAUAUUGCUUAGGUUGCUUUUAAGUCAACCAACC